GAUAUCAUUACUUAUAUGUAUCAAAAAUGUGUUCCGGUUCUGUGCAUAACGUCAAAACUAUCACUUGAUUCAAAUGUCAAUUGAAAUCAUCUGCCUGAAUCAGUCCAAAGAUAUCACAAUAAUAAGAGAUGGCUGCAAUUACAUUAUUCACUAAAUUUUCAACAGGACUCAGGGCUCAGAGUGGUGUCCUGUCUCAAUGUCUCAAUAUACCAUAUAAUCAGCAACCAAGCCGUAAUCAUUCAAAGCAUUGGAAUCCAAAAUUUAAGUGGUUGCGAGCAAAGAAAUUCAUCAAAGUAGAUUUACCAAAUUUCCAUGAGAAAGAAAAUGAAAUCAGCAAAGAAGAAAGAAAUCGACGAAUGAAAGAAAGAGGAGCAAAGCCAGCCAGGCCUUGGCAAGAGCGACCAAUUGUUUUAGCCUGUACAAGUGGUAUAUUCGAACCAUAUAUUCCGCCAGAAGGUGACGGUAAACUAUCGAAAUUCACAGCGGGUGGUGCUAAACAAACUUACGAUUUUUUGGAAAAAAAAUCCAAAUCAAUGAUGGCCGUUCGUAAGAUUCGCGGUUUCGAAGAGGAUUUUUCGCCCAAAGAUUUUGCACAAACUGCUCAGGAUAUCUAUGUUCGUGCCCAUGAGGCGCUUAUCAGUAAAGAUGAAAGUGCACUACGUGAAAGUAUCACAGAACGAUUGUAUCCUGAAAUUAAAUUUAACACAAAAAACGUUACAAUUCGAUGGAAAUUCUUGGGAUCGAUUGAACCGCCACGAGUUGUGCACGCACGUCAAACGAAUCUCAUUUCAAAGGAGAACAUUUUCGCUCAAAUCACCGUUCGCAUGCACACACAACAAUCGUUAGCAAUUUAUGAUCGAUUCGGUCGGUUAAUGCAUGGCAGCGAGAUUCUUGCAAAGGAUGUGCUUGAGUAUGUUGUAUUUGAAAAGAACAUAUCGAAUUUAUACGGCGAAUGGCGAAUGCACGAUAAAAUCGUACCACCUUGGGCCGAACCAAAAGAACCAUCACCAUCCACUUACCGCUAUAUCGAACGAGAAGAAGAGGAUGAAAUGCUCAAAGAAACGAUUAAUAAUAAUGACGAUCAAGAACAAGCCAUCGAAGCGGUUCAAAUAGAAGAUCAAAGUAGCCAAACGAAACCACCUCCUGUUGCAAUUGCAUAGGUUAAUUCGUUGUAUAAAAAAUAUUUUAAACAAAUAAAAGUAUCUAUAUAUUGACAGAGAAAAAACAA